UUUGAGAACUUAAAAAACCAUCUUCCAUCUUCCAAUAUGGCAAGAAUUGCCAUAUUCCUUUUCUUCCUCUUUCUCUUCCUCUCAGCUGUGGUUGAGGGAGCUCCAAAGGCCAAGAAAGUUAAAUGCAAAGACAAGAAAUUUCCUCAAUGUUACAAAUCCGAACACUAUUGUCCGGCCGAUUGCCUUCGCACUUGCGUCGUAGAUUGUUCGUCUUGCCAGCCUGUUUGCACUCCACCUCCACCUCCGCCACCAUCGCCUCCUCCACCACCACCCAAACCGCGCAAGCUCAAAUCUCCACCCCCACCAUACAUUUACUCUUCGCCUCCGCCUCCACCUCCACGCAUUUACUCUUCCCCACCACCACCUCCUCCCUACAUUUACUCUUCUCCCCCACCACCUCCUCAUAUUUACUCUUCUCCCCCACCACCUCCGCCAACUACCGUGGAGCCUUCACCUCCACUUCCACCAGCACCAACACCUCCGUCGUCAUCCCCACCACCUCUUUCUCCACCACCUUCGUCUGAGGCGUCCGGGCAAAAAAAAGUUAGGUGCAAGAAUAGAGGGUAUCCACAUUGCUACGGAAUGGAGCUAAGUUGUCCAAGUGAUUGUCCUAGCCAAUGUGAGGUUGACUGUGUUACUUGCAGUCCCGUUUGUAAUUGCAACCGUCCGGGCGCCGUGUGCCAAGACCCAAAAUUCAUUGGAGGAGAUGGAAUCACCUUCUACUUCCAUGGCAAAAGAGACAAAGAUUUCUGCAUUGUCACCGACUCGAACCUCCACAUCAAUGCUCACUUUAUCGGCCGACGCAAUGUGGACAUGAAGAGGGACUUCACUUGGGUCCAAUCCCUAGGUAUCCUCUUCGACUCUCACCAACUCUUCAUCAGCGCACGAAAAACCUCAACAUGGGACGAUGCCAAUGACCGCCUCUACAUUUCCCUCGAUGACGAAACAAUCAUCCUCCCUAACCAGGAGGGUGCGACCUGGAGUAACUCAACUUCGUACGAGGGGAUUGCCAUAACCAGAAGUAGAAAAACGAACGCAGUCGAGAUCGAAGUCCCUGGGAACUUCAAAAUCAAAGCAGUCGUGGUUCCGAUAACGGAAAAGGAAUCAAUGAUCCACAAGUAUGGGAUUACACAAGAGGAUUGUUUUGCACAUUUGGACUUGAGUUUUAAGUUCUAUGCAUUGAGUGGGAAUGUGAAUGGGGUUUUGGGGCAAACUUAUGGGAAGAACUAUGUGAGUAGGGCUAAGAUGGGAGUGGCUAUGCCUGUUUUGGGAGGUGAUAAGGAGUUUGCUUCUUCAAGUAUUUUUGCUACCGAUUGUGAAGUUACACGUUUCACCAAGGAGAUGGAUGAAAAAGAGAGUUAUGUGGAGGCUGCAGCCUAUGCUAAUAUGAGCUGUGGUAGUGACAUGGAUGGUCAAGGAGUUGUUUGCAAAAGAUAAGUUUGAUUACAAUACUAUUCCAAUUAUAUGAAUAAAUAAAUUAUUUAUGUUAAUUCUAAGGUAAAUUUUGUUUUGGAAAAUAAAUGCGGAAGUUUGUAAUGUGAAAAGGUCUUUGAUUAUUUGUUUUUAUAUGAAUAAAAAAAUAUAUGUAAAAUGUUUAUUGGAUUAUA